AGUGUACAACCCAAGCCCACUUCGUCGACCAGCCUCUGUCUUCUUCUUCUUCUUCUUCUGAUCCUCCGAUUCCAACCUCCGAGAUCCCGAUCCAGCCAUGGCGGAGGCCGCCGCCGCCGCGUCCAACUCCACCCCCGCCUCGCCUCCUCCUCCGCCCGCCGCCGCCGCCGCGCUCGGCCUCCCCGACCUCUCCGUGCCCUACGAUCUGGCGACGCGCGGGCAGUGGAAGUCGCUGCUCUCCCACCUCGACGACGCGUCGCACCCGCGGCACCGCCUCCUCCUCUCCGCGCUCUCCGCCCUCUCGCUCGCCAAGCUCCGCCGCUACGCGGACGCCGCGGCGCUCAUCGCCUCGCUCCGCCCGGACCCGGGCUGCCCGCCGCCGCCCUUCCUCCUCCGCCUCCUCCACGCCCUGCUCCCGCUCUUCCUCCCCGCCGACCGCCCCCUCGCCCUCGACCGCCUCUACACCCUCCUCUCCUCCGUCCGCGCCCGCCCCGACGCCUCCCACCCGGAGUGGCGCCGCCGCGAGUCCCUCGUCACGUCCCUCCUCGCCGCCGACCACCUCGCCCACCGCGAGUUCGACGUCGCCCUCGCGCUCCUCGCGUCCGUCGCGGCGCUGGACCCGGGCAACCCGGCGGUCCUCUCCCGCCUCGGCUACGCCCACCUCCAGAUCGGCAACCUCGCCGCUGCCGCGGCCGCGUUCCGCCACGUGGAGUCGGUGGCCGGCGGCGACCCGGCCCACGCCAGCCUCCUCGCCCGCAACCGCGCGCUGGAGUGCGUGGUGGCCAAGGACUACGCGGCGGCGGUGCGGGAGUACGAGCGGUGCAUCGAGGCGGACGCCGCGGACGCGGUGGCCGUGAACAACAAGGCGCUGUGCCUCAUGUACUCGCGCGACCUCGGCGACGCGAUCAAGGUGCUCGAGGCGGCGCUGGAGGGCCACCCGACGGCGGCGUUGAACGAGACGGUGGUGGUGAACCUGUGCAGCAUGUACGAGCUCGCCUUCGUCAACCACGCCGACGUCAAGCGCAGCCUCACCGACUGGAUCGCCAGGGUCGCCCCCGACGACUUCGACCCCUCCUGCACUCGCAUGUAGGGGAAAUUGUUGGAAUUCUGUUCUUCAAAUUCGCUUGAAUUUGUGUGAAAGAUUUGCUGAAAUUGGGAUGUACAAUUUGGGGGUUAGCAAACAAUGGGUUUCAGUUGAUUGUCCUACCUGGGAUCAAUAGCUUUCUGUUGUUGCUCAAUUAAUAUCGAUAUAUUACUCUUGUGAAUUUCAUUACUUAAUGAAAUUAUCUAUUAUCUAAAAAUGAUGGAAAAUUAUCGAAAGCAA